GAAAAUUGAUCAAUUAUAAGAAAUAUCAAAUUGCACCCUUGUCCCUCUUCCACAGAUACAUAAUUCUCUGAUCCCGAUCGCAGCUCUGAGAGAAAAGAAAACCCCACAUCAAUGGCGGAUUACCAUUUCAUAUACAAGGAUCUGGAAGGAUCGUCGACGCAGUGGGACGAUAUUCAGACGAAACUAGGAAAUCUCCCCGCCAAGCCGCCGCCUUUCAAGCCGCCCCCCUUCGCCCCCGCCGAGGACCAGGAUUCCAAACCCAAAGACAAAUCCUGGAUCGACAACAAAACCGAGGAAGAGCUUGAAGAUCUCGAAGACGAUCUCGACGAUGAUCGCUUCCUCGAAGAUUACAGGAAGAAGAGGUUGUCCGAGAUGAGAGAAGCAGUCAAGAUCGCAAAAUUCGGCUCACUAAUUCCAAUUUCAGGUUCCGAUUUUGUGCGCGAAGUUUCACAAGCUCCACAAGAUGUUUGGGUAGUCGUGCUACUGUACAAAGACGGAUUCCCAGAGUGCCGCCUGCUUUUGCAGUGCUUAGAAGAUUUGGCCAAGAGAUACCCCGCCACCAAAUUCGUCAAAAUAAUAUCAACUGAAUGCAUUCCCAACUAUCCCGAUCGGAAUCUUCCGACUAUACUUGUGUACAAUAACAGUGCGGUGAAGGCAACUCAUGUGGGAGUACAUAAUUUUGGUCGAAGAUGCACGCCUGAAAGUGUUGGCUUGGUUUUGUGCCAGGUGGAUCCGGUGCUGAACGAUGGCCAUGGUGGAGAACAAUCUACGGAAGCUGUUCUUGAUGGUGUUAGGAAGAAAUUUCUCGAGAGGGUUGUACGAGACCACGAAAAUGACGACGGUUCCUCAAGUGAUUGAUCAACUCCUUUUCGGUUUUUUUUUUUUUUUUUCGAAAUUUUAUUUUAUCAUCAUCAAGUCGUUGUAUUGUUUGUCAUCUCUUACGAGUGAAAUAUUUCUGUAUUUUAGGUGUCCAACAUUUGCUUGGAGUAUGAACACUAACUUUGUUCUUCACUUGAAGAUAUUUUCUGUCAAACCAACAGAUGAUUAGAUGAAUUAAUUUAUGUUGAUCAAAUAGUUGA